UUUUUUCGGCAUUUCUUCGAUUUAUAUACGAACAAAUAUUGAUAAUUACAUGCAAAAUGCUAAUGGGACGUAUUUUCAUCUUCGGAUAAUUUAUUACUCUUUGUUUUUGCGAAAUAAAUGAAUAAAUGUCAUCGGUGUGUCAAGCGGCCAUAUUUGUUUAUUAUUGACCAAAGAAAGUAAUGUUAAGAUCGCCGGAUUUUUCCAAAUUUUUCAGACGGGGGGCCGUUUUUCCUUCGAUAUAAUGUCAUGGAGGGCCGUUGCCGUCUGUGCGCCGAAUUCGGCACUGAUCAUUUAAACGGUCUCAACGAUCUCGAUCUAAUUUUACGCAUUUUCCAACUGUUUCAAGUUCGAAUCACAUCCGAGGACAAACUUCCAACAACAAUCUGCCAAUUAUGCGCCGAAACAGUAAAACAAACAUGGGAAUUCAACCAACACAUUCAAAAAUCGCAAGAAAUUCUCCAAGACAUCGUCAACACAGAACUCCAAGCCCAGGAAAACAAACUCGAUUUCACGCUUACAAUCGAAGAAAGCAAACUGAACGUCGUCGAAGUCACAACUUCUGACGUUAAAACAGAAGACCUGAUAUCUAGGCCCUCGUCAAAGGUGAAAAAAAACGCCCGUAAAAAAGAAAGUGAUUCGGAGUUGAGCGACGUCGAGCUCAACGACGACGGUACCGUGACUCCCAAAACUGAGCUCCUCAGCUGGCAUUCCUACCCUUGGACUUGCUGCGACUGUCAGCACACCUUCACCAACUCAGAAGACCUCCGCGAGCACCACGCCACCGUCCACGGCCAAGCCCCUACGUACCCCUGCGCCGACUGCCCCAAAGUUUAUACGAAAUACAGCACUUUUCUCACACAUGUACGCAUCCACCGCGUCAAACUUCGCUUUUGCUGUGACAUUUGCGCCAAAUGGUUCCCCACAGUUCUCGCCCAGAAGAAGCACAGAAACGAGCACGGCGACGAGCGCCCCCAUUCGUGCACCACGUGUGGCAAGCGCUUCCGCAUGCAAUCCGCCCUCAUAGUCCACGCAAGGUCCCAUCUGCCUGCUGAACUCAAAAACAAACACCAAUGCGACCAGUGCCCUAAGAAAUUCGGAACAAAACCCAACCUCAUGGCCCAUAAAAGAAUACACGCGGGGGUACGAGACUAUACGUGUGACCAAUGCGGCAAAAGCUUCGUCCAGAAAGGCAACCUCGACAACCACCUCUUGACGCAUACAGCUGCCAGGCCUUUCGCGUGUUCAACCUGUGGUAAAGCCUUCAAGACUUUAGUCCGUCUCAGGAAGCACGGAUCGGUUCAUUCGGGGCUUAAGCCUCACCAAUGUGAUGUUUGCGGGCGGCAGUUCCGCGAAAGAGGCACUCUGAAGGAGCACCACAGGAUUCAUACGGGGGCCAUGCCCUUCACGUGCGAGUUCUGUGGUAAGAGUUUCCGCUUUAAGGGAGUUCUAACGACACAUAGGAGACAGCAUACCGGGGAAAGGCCCUACUCGUGUCACGAAUGUCAGCACCAUUUCACCAAUUGGCCCAAUUAUAACAAACAUAUGAAGAGACGACACGGAAUUAACACUAGUGUGACAGUGAGGAAACCGCAGAGUAUACCCCCGACGGGGAUGCCACAUAGGAAUCCCCCUGGCACUGUUCUGGCGCCUCCACAACCUAUUACCAUAACAGAAAGUUUUGUCGAAACGCCGGCCUCGUUUUACCCUGUAUUAAGUUUGUAUAAUCUGCCAGAAGAAUUGUUACAACAGAGAGUGUGAGAAGAAUUUAGAGAUAGAUAUAGCAGUAUUAUUUCAGUGGUAUUAGUAGAAAGUUGAAAGAAACAGUUUCUUAGAUAGAAAAAAAAAGUGAUAUUUAGCCUCUCUAUGGACCAGUAAGCCCUGAUAUUGAUCAAAUAAGAUUUGGAAUCCAAAUUCCAAUUUUCGCGUAAUCACAACAGAAAUUAUUUGCGUCGUACAUUAAUUAAAUUAAAUUUUUCGUCUUAUUUAUUUUUACAAUUAUUUCUUUAAAGUGUGUACAAACAUAAUAAAAAAUGUUACAUGUA